UGUACGCUAGUGUAUUGAUUUUAGCGUUGUUUAUUCAGUGUUUAAAGAUCGAUGAUAAUCUUACAUAUGGACUUUGAUAAGUUUUUUGUGCAUAUUAAAUUACAAGUGCAAUUCUAUUUGAUCAUUAAAGGUAUCUUAUUUUACGUAAUGGAUGAUCAAGGUGCAGAUAUUAACAUAUCUCAGCGAUUUCCACCACUGCCAGAUGGAAAACGUUACCAUUUCUUUAUUGUAGCGGCAGACGAGGAUCGUCACAAGGUUUCUGACAUUGUUUCUCAUCUUAGAGAAAGUUUUCAGUUGAAGUGUUUGUUUGAAGCAGAGGAUUGUAAACCUGGACAAGAUAAGUUUGAGUUCAUGAAAAAUGGAAUGAUGCAGUCAGUAAAAGUUGUUUUAUUUCUGUCAAAGUCGUUUGCAAAGGACGAAAUGUGUAGAUAUCAACGUAGAAUUGCUGUAGCCGCUUCAGUGGAUGCGAGAAUCCAGUGUAUUGUUCCAGUACUGCUUGAAGAAGUUGAUGACGACGACGAAACAUCCAUUAUUUCAAAUUUGACGUUUGUUAACGCAGAGAGCUCAGAAACUACUGAUGUUUCAAGAAAAAUUGCAGAAUCUGUUGCAUGUUCAGAUUUGUAUGCCACAAUGUUUCCAGGUGAAUGCACAAAUGUAUUUGCAAGGUUUGAAAAUGGCUACAGCGUUGAAAUUCCUGUACGGAGAGACAAACUGCGGUGCAAUAGGCCUGCUAGAUAUAGAUUCCGGGUUGACAGAGAAGUACUGAACUUGCUUAAAGACAGCCAAAUGAAGGUUCCCGAAAACUUAUUAAAGGAUAUUGUGAAGUUUGUGAACAAGGAAAGCAUUAUGAAAUACUAUGACUGUUUAAAGAAACGGAAUAUCUGUUGCUGGGGAUUUUUCCUAAUGAUGCCAAUUUGUCUAUUGUUUGGCGUUAUGAUAUCAUUGAUUGUCAUUCUUUCGACUUGCUCACAAGAUAGACCAGACCCUGAGACGUUUGUCUUCGAUUUCAGUGGAAUAUUAUUAUUAUUAGGUGGAGUGGUUGCUGAAGUACAUUCAACUGUGUUGAUUGCAAUGAUAUUGGCCGUUCCAAAGCUAUGCCACCGUGAAAAGAAAGACAUUGCCCCCCAAACAAAAAUAUGCAGCCGAUUCUUAAGAAGAUGCAUUGAAAAUGACAUCAUUAUUGUCUUCAGUGGAAGGAAAGACCGCCGUCCCAGUCUUCGUGUGGUUCGAUAUAAUUUCGGAAAAUGUCGGGGCAAACCCAUUACUUUAUCUGGGGAUCAAACGCCGCUUUUCAUGGAAUUACACGCCUCAACACGUGUAUCAUUGAAGGUUCCACGUGCACCGCCGUUUGAAUACAUCUGCGGAUGUCUCUAAAUUGCUUUUUGUACUUAUCACAUGUGUAAAUGUUGAGUUCUGCUCAACCCGGGGCUAGAGGGCGUCCACUACCGUCCAUGAACAGGCUCAAUCAAACCGAGUCUGCAACAUUUUUGUUUCUGUCGUGUUGAGCGACAUGUGAAGUUUCCGCUUUUUCUAUUUAGGUAAGUAUGAAAAUGGGGAAGAAAUGCAACCUUUUAUAAUCAGUAAUGUAUAUAGAAAAGUAAUAUUUGUAGGAAAUUGAUAUAUUUCUAUUACAUUAUUGACUCAGCUAUAAAUCAGUUUCUAUUCUUUUUUAUUUGUUCAAAAUUUUAUAAGGAUUAGCGACACCUGUGUUAGUAUAGUGUUGAAAAAGCCAUAGAGCUUGUAUGUAAUAUUUGAAUUGAAUUGUUAAAAAAAUUAUACGCCACCGAAACAAAUGUCGUAUCCAAGGUAGUUCUGUUCUGUAGUGACGUUUAGAACAGUUUUAGAACGGGAUACAGAAUAUUUAUUGUAAUGCGUCCGCCAACAGAAGCCUUUCUUGGAUAAACAUAUGGUUAAUCAGGUUGAGCACCAACCUUAUUCUCCUGGCCUGUGUCCCUUUGACUUUUCCCUACUUCCCUUGCUAAAGAAAAUGCUUAUAGGUAAAUAUAAUGCCAUUGGAAGUGACCUUGGUUUUGUUUUUUUACAAUAUAUAAACAACAUAUCAAUCAUAUCAAGGGGAGACUACUUUGCAACCUUUAGGUCAUGGAUAAGAAGAUAAGUGUAAUUCCUAUACAGGGAUGGCUUGAAAACUGUCUUAAUCUGAUUGAUACUUUAGACAUACGAAGACCAAUGACAGAAUUUAUUUAAUCACACCCGUAAAAACAUGUUGCGAGUCUUGUUUUUCCCUCUUGUUUUCCGUCUAUGGUUCUAUGAAAACUUUACUGAUUGCCUCCUUUUGAUCUUCAGGCUAGUUUUCCUAGUUAUGUUGCGAAAUGUUUCAAGCCAAACCUGUUUGAGAUGUGGAAGUCUGGUGAGCGAUACUAGUAUAGUGUUAUCGUGGUCCCUUGUUCUACAUUUAUCUCUCUGCAGGCCGCAAAAUCUAAUCUGUCCCCAGGGUUGAAAAUUAUGUCUUUCUGUACAUAAUGUAUUUGUCCAUCAGUUUAUUAUAGUAUUUAUGAACUGUAGUAAUUGGAUGUUUUAUGAAUUUCCAUAAUAUAAAAUGACAGAAAACUAUCCCGUUAACCCAUGAUUGACAGAUGUUAUGAAAUGA